CCUCAGCCUAGAACCUCGAAACCCAGCUUAUGCUGUUCUUCCCUGGUGUCGGUCAUUCACUCGCGAGUACCUCGUAGAGAACGUUCCCGCGUCGUCCUUUCAGCUUGUCGAGAAAUCAGAUGGCCAAGAAAUCGAGAGAGACGCGAAAGCGGCAACUCGAGUUUGAUCAGCAACGAGAAAAGGAGCUACAGGAAAAGCUGCAAAAGAAGAAGCAAGAGAAGUCACUGAAGAUGAAGGUUGAUUCCAAGUCUGGUGUGGCUAAGAAGAAGAAAGCGGCCAAGUUCCAGCUUAGAGUACAGAAGAAGCUUCAGGUCAAGAUUGGAAAGCGUGCAGCCCAAAAACAUAUGAAGGAAGCUGCGAAGGCCUCCAUGGACAUAGAAUAAGUACGCUAAUAGAAAAAGUGC